GGGAGGCGCGAGCAUCUGUAGAAAGAGCCAGUGUGAGUGUGCAUGCACACUGCCACACGGUGGAGCAAAGCCUUAUGAAACUUUUUUUCUCCGUUAUUACCCCCUUCUCAUACACUUUGAGAAGUUCUAAUUACCCCCACCCCCUUUCAAAAUAAAAAUUUGCACCAAAUUAUGACCCACGGUCUUAAAACAGAAAUUUGAUGGCUGGACAUAAAAGCCUUUGUCGACUUACACAAAUAAAGACAAAGCCCAACAACAACAACAACAACGACUGUCGUGUAAUUGUGGUCGUCAAUUAGUUGGUGCGCAGUGGCCGCCCAGUGCGCCUACGCCGCGAUGCUUUUGUCCAACGUGAGCCUGAGCAUCUGCGCGGGCUUCAACAGUGCCCUGCACGCCGGAGCCGGGGAAGGGCACCCGGACCUGGGAGGCGGCUCUCAGCGCUCCACCCUCAGUCCGACAGGGAACCUCGUCGUGGCCGUGUGCUUGGGGUUCAUCGGCACUUUUGGACUUGUCAACAACUUGCUGGUGCUGGUUCUCUACUGCCGCUACAAGAUACUGCGCUCGCCCAUCAACUUGCUCCUGAUUAACAUUUCCAUCAGCGACUUGCUGGUGUGCGUGUUGGGGACGCCGUUCAGCUUUGCGGCCAGCACACAGGGAAAGUGGCUCAUUGGAGCGAAGGGCUGUGUAUGGUACGGUUUUGCCAACUCUCUCUUUGGCAUUGUGUCCCUCAUCUCUCUGGCUGUCCUCUCCUACGAGCGCUACAGCACCAUGAUGACCCCGACUGAAGCCGACUCGUCCAACUACUGUAAGAUCUGCUUGGGCAUCACCCUUUCGUGGGUUUAUUCCCUCAUCUGGACCCUGCCGCCACUUAUUGGCUGGAGUCACUACGGUCCAGAAGGUCCCGGGACCACCUGCUCCGUGGACUGGAAAGCCAAGACGGCCAAUAACAUAUCUUACAUCAUUUGUCUGUUCAUCUUCUGCCUCAUUGUGCCAUUGAUGGUGAUCGUGUUCUGCUAUGGAAAGCUGCUGUGCGCCAUCAGACAGGUGAGUGGGAUCAAUUCGUCGAUGAGCAGGAAACGGGAGCAGCGAGUCUUGUUCAUGGUGGUGAUCAUGGUAAUCUGCUACCUUAUGUGCUGGUUGCCUUACGGAGUCAUGGCGCUGCUAGCCACUUUCGGACCACCUGGCCUUGUCACGCCCGAAGCAAGCAUUAUACCUUCUGUCCUGGCAAAGACGAGCACAGUCAUCAACCCGGUCAUAUAUGUCUUCAUGAAUAAACAGUUUUACAGAUGUUUCCAAGCGCUGCUACAUUGCGAGGCUCCUCGGCGAGGCUCCAGCGUGAAGAGUUCAUCAAAAGUUGGCACCAAGCCCAUGAGGGCUGCAGCAUUGACUGGUCCCCGUCGUACAAACGACUUUCUGUUCAUGGUGGCCUCUCUGGGUCAGCCAGCUGUUGCGCUGCCCCAACUGGAACCCACCCUUGAUGUCACCAAAGCCCCUUCUUCAGACCUCAACCAGCCUGUUGUCGUAUCACUCGUGGCUCAGUUCGAUGGGUGAACGCUAACGAUAACCGUGACAUCGGCAGAAAACCAUGAAAAGGCGUCACGAAUGAGUGGUGCUGUUUUCUAGUUUGAGCCAGUUCAGACCAGUUCAGACCAGUGUCCAGGUUGCUGCCGAGCAGUUCUGGACGGAACCCUUGGACUUGCUUAGGGUUGAAUUUGACAAGAACUGAACUGACGUACAUUUACAGUCUGUGUUUUCUUGAGGGCAAAAUGUGGACAACUCUUACAGUAUGACCUGAACAUGAAAAAAAAACAGCAAAGAGCUAAAAGAAUACUUUUGAAGUGGAUGAUUUAUCUUUGCAAUCCGAGAUCAGCAUUUUAGUCAGAUCUUGAAUUGAUCACUUGUCACUUUAAAAUGCAUUCAAGUUCCCCCUAAUGGUCUUUUCAUCCUAAUACGGAAUUGCACAUGUAGCAUUGCUGCCAUGUAAGCGGCAUUGGAAGGUAAUAAUGAUCUGCAUGCUCGAGCGUUACUGAAUCGUUGCCUCAUGUGCACUUGACGAUCGAUACCAUUAGAAUGUUUGAUCCCGCUUAAUCUCACAUUGACAUUUAGUCAUGUUUAGUGGAUGGCACUAGAAAGUUUGCACCCCUGCCAGAAAAAAACAAAACAAAAUGAACAAUCCCUUUGGAAUGAUCUUUUCAUUGUUUGUAAUUUGAUGCAUGACAGUCAAAUGUUUCUGGUUAAACCCAUAACUCAGGGACCCUUGUUUUCUAAACCCAAAGUGUUGGCAGUACAAAUGUCUUGCUAAAAUGGACACAUUUUAUACGCCUUGCAAAAACAUGUUUACAACCAAACACCCGAGACUAUUUCCAACAACGAGGAUUAUGUCAUACUUCUUUCUAGAGCAAAACAAAACAGUCUGUUCUUGCUAAGAUUAUUUUGUUGUGUAUAUAUUGUUUGUCGAAUGCUUGUCUGCAUCCAGUUGAACUAUUUCGACCUUUUAUCGUCUGCUACGAUAGCUUACGAAGAUGUUUAAAAGCAGAUCGAGAAUCAGUAUUGUGGUGCCAGUGAAUGUUUAAGAUUUCAGUGUUGUGGUUAUCGCAUUGCUGAAAAGAUUUGUGUUGUGUAGAACCCCCACCCAACCCCACCCCUCCCCUUCCUAUGGGCUAUAAAGAUCUUGUAUACAUCAUUGUAUGGUACACAAGGUGAUACCAAAGCUAAAGAAAUUUUGAUAUUUUUUUGAGAGGUGAUGUCUUAAUAAAGGUUUUUUUUAUUUGUCGGUUUAGCUUCAAUAUAUAUUAUGUGUAUUUAUAAUCACAUACAGAACCGCACCAGUGAGAUUCUAAGAUCACAGCUUGACGAAGCCAACAGAACCUUGCACAUCAUCUGCAAAAAGCUGAGAUGUGAUACAUCAUCAAUCGGGACUCCCUCAACGCUUUGGCUGCGGAAAGAAAUUCUGUCCAGAAAAGUUUUGAAGAAAAUCCGUGACAGAAAGCAGCCAACCAUCACUGGAAAGAAAAACGUUUUACUGCUGGCAAAGCGGAUGCACUCUGGGUACAAGUUCUGAUGAACUGGUAGAAUAUCCACAAGACCUUGACAUGAAAUUCUAUUUAUCUUACAACUUCUUCAAGAUUCUUCAUCAACAGCCAUGUUUGCCACAAGGUAUCUGCAUUAAAAUUACUUGGGAGGAUUGGAGAUUCGAGCACUCCUCUUGGAAUUCAAUGUACUUAUCUUGUUCAGGUUCAUAGCUCGCUGGAAAUGAUCUCAGCUGGACUAGUAGGUCCAAAGCCAGACUAGUCACCAGUCAAUCACGUGGCAUUGCAUGCAACUGAAAAAUAACAUUUUGUAGAUUUCUAUAAUGUACUGUAUAAUAAGCCUUAUCCUGGUCUUUGUUUUGAUCUAAUCUCAACCCUUUAGUUUGUUCAGUCUAAAUAACACCAGUCAGUAUUCAGUCUAAUUUGUGUGAGUGGCAUUAUUUUUUAUAGUUAAAAAAAGUUUCACUAUCCACCUUAAAAUAAAUGAAAGCAUUCAUUAUAGUUCAGUAGAAAUAAUAAAGCUGUGCAAUAUAAGCAUUACACUAAUUAAAUAUUAAAUAUGCAUAUAUUACAGGACCCGCAGGAAGUAAUGAACCGAGUGAUUAAAUUGUCCCAGAAAAGAAGCAAGAAAACGGCAAAAAGUUUCCCUCCCUCCAUUGUUACGCUACAAGAACUCUUCCUCUUAAAGUAGAAAAUGACCUUGUUAUAAUUUUGAAUAAUUGAUUGUC